AUGGAGGCGCCUGGAACCAGAAUGAUUUGCCAUUCCUCAUUCCUACGUUUUCUAUACUAUGUGAUAUCACUUUCGAUUCUCCUCCCGACCAUUAGUCACCUCGUUCUUGCCAACGGCAGCACUUUUGUGAAUUUGCGCAAAAUUGCCAUUAUCAAGCCGAGCAAGCCGUACUACAGGAUCGGAGAAAAUAUAAAAGGAUGCUUUCUUUAUGACGAGGUGAUUGAAACGGAGACGGGCGAAUUAAAACAAGUUCUGAGCCUCUCUCGACUAAAGUACGAGUACAAAGUUUACGACUUUAAGGAGCAAAGGUAUUCUUUCACGUCAACUACCCAGUAUGAGGGAUUGAUCCCAAACGGACUAACCGAGUUCAGAGGAGACCAACGGAUUGUCCGAGUCAAUUGUAUUAUCAAAGAUGGGGGCGCUCAUAUUCGCGACAUUCCCAUCGAAGGUGAGACGCGAAAGUACCCAUUUUUGUGUCUUUAUUUGUAA